AAUAUGUUUGAUAACAAUAGGUUUAGUAAUUGAAUGAGUUUUUUUUUUUUUAUUUAUUAUUUAAAAUUAUCUGGCAAUUUUAUUCGACCAUGGAUUUUGACAAUGGACCGUUGGAUCAAAAUCUGCAAAGUGCAAAUGAUUUGGAACAAAGUCUUCUUCAACAAUUCAGCUGUCUGGGUACUACUGAUCAUGAUGAGCUCGUCAGCCAAUUACAAAAGAUUUUGGGGAAUAAUUUAAAUGAGUCUACAGCAAGAUUUUUUCUAGACAUGAGCAACUGGAACUUGCAAGCAGCUAUUGGUUCUUAUUUGGAUUGUGAAACACCUGCUAAGGUACCAUCGAUGAUAUUAUUAGCUGAUGUAACAGUUGGCGAAGGCGAAUGUAUCACUCCUAAUACGAGUUUUAUUAAAACGUGGAGAAUUCAAAACAAUGGUGAUGAAGCUUGGCCGCGAGAUUGUGUUCUACAAAUGAUUGGUACCACAACACAAAUGGAGUUUUUAAAGAGGUUACUGCAUAAACUUAUAAUUGAAUAAAAUAAUACAUAAUAAAUUUGCUUUAGAUAUUCAAUGCCUGCAUUAGUUCCUGGUCAAGUAUGGCAUAUUACAAUUGAAAUGGUCAGUCCUUCUGAACCAGGUGUACAUCAGACUAAAUGGAGAAUGAUGACUAGUGGUGGGAGUUAUUUUGGUGAUACAAUUUGGGCAAUAAUUACUGUAGCUGAAGGAGGAACGAUGGCCUUAACACAGAAAUUAGCUCAAUUAAGUACUCAACAACCCAACCAUGAUAAUUCAAGUAUGAAUGUAGAAAUGAAUGAUGUAGUGAAUGCAUUAGAUUCUUCAAAUGUAGUUCAAUCACAAGCAAUUGCAAUUCCAAUGAUCAAUCAACCAUCCAGAUCCUGCUAUAGAAACUUCUUCUGUUGUACCGGUAAGGAAAAUGAAUUGCUAAGUAUUUUGAUUGUGCGAGAUUAA